CCCUGUUUUAAAUAACUAUAUAAUGUUGAGCAAAAUGGGAACUCCUCGGUUAGACACUUGUAUUCCUCUACCAAUUGAACAGGAAGAACUUGAAACACUUGUUAGCAAAGCAAAAGACUGGGCAUUAAUGCAUGGUGCUGGAAUGCGACCUAUGGAUGCAUACGAUCCAGAUGGAAUGCGAUUUGCUCCGUUUGUAUUAUUGCCAUCCACAUUUCCAAAAUCAGAAUUUGACCGUGCUGUACAACUUCAAAUAGUCAUAAAUGAACUAUUUCACAAGGUUGCGCACAAUCAUGAAUUUCUCGUUGAAAGCUUGAAGAGUACUUUAGAAGUUGAUCCCUUUACUGCAAAACUUUUCAGUUUGUAUGAAACAAUCCGCAGAGAAGGUACAGCACAGAAGCUGAGUCUCGGGCUCAUCAGAUCGGAUCUCAUGCUUGAGUCAGGGUGCCCACUUUUGGGCAAGUGCUCUGCAUACUGCUGUUGGAAACAAGUGGAAGUCAACACUAUUGCUUCCGGCUUUGGAUGGCUUGGGCCAAUCUCCUCUGGUAUACACAGGUAUGUUCUAUCAGAACUGGGAUAUCAAGACAAACUCAAACAUCUCCCAGAAAACAAUGCUCUACAAGGACUAUGCAAUGGCAUGCUUCAAGCGUGGGAGAUUUACGGUCAGCCAAAGGCUGUAAUUUUGUUUGUUGUAGAGCCUGUUACUUAUAACAUCUGUGACCAAAGAUUUCAUGAAUUUGAAGUUCGCAGAUUAAAUCCACUGGUUACAGUAAUUCGAAGAACUUUAACUCAGUUAGCAGAACAAGCCAAACUUGAACGAGACAAACGCCUAAUAGUUGAGAACUAUGAAGUGGCUGUUGUUUAUUAUCGUUCCGGAUAUACGCCUGAUGAUUACCCUUCUGAAAUAGAGUGGGAUGCAAGGCUUCUAAUUGAAAAAUCACUUGCAAUUAAAUGCCCAACCAUCCAGUACCAUCUGGCCGGGACUAAAAAGGUUCAACAGGCUUUAGCAUUGCCCGGUGCAUUGGAGAAGUUCCUCCCAGAUGCCAGAAAAGCAGGCCACGUCCAAAAAAUUUUUACCGGCUUAUACUCUUUGGAUAUGGAUGAAUUUGGUGACAAAGCUGUCAAAAUGGCACUCUCGGAACCAGACAGAUUUGUCUUGAAGCCACAAAGAGAAGGGGGUGGUAACAAUGUAUAUGGAAAGGAUAUCAUUGAUGUUUUAGGAAAGAUACAAAAUUCCAAAGAGCGUAGUGCCUACAUUCUUAUGGAUAGGAUAGUUCCUCCUCUUCAAUUGAAUUACAUGUUAAGACCAGGCAGAGGAAAAGCUAUGUAUGAACCAGUUGAUGUUGUUAGUGAGCUUGGCAUAUACGGUGUUGUGAUUGGGGAUGAAAAAACAAUAAUAGAGAACAAGCAAGUUGGUCACAUGCUUCGGACAAAGCUUGCUUCAGCUAAUGAGGGUGGCGUUGCUGCCGGGUGGGGUGCUUUGGACAGUCCAUACUUGUUCUGAGCCAAUGUUUAUAAUACAAUGCUAUUUUAUUUCUGUUUUGUGCUGCUCGUUUCUCUCAAAAGGAAAAAAUCCUUAAAAAUGAAAUUUCCUGUUUUGUAUUUUAUCAAAUAUUUUAUUUUUCAUUUAUUAUAUAUUUAAAACUAUUUUUGUAAGUGGAUUGUAUUAACAUUCCUCUUAUUCUGUGAUAAGUAACAAAUAUCAGCUCCCAAUGUCAAGUAUUUAUAAAAACUACUGUAUGAAAAAUUGAUUAAAUUUCUAGAUAUGACA